AUGGGGCAUUCCCUCCACAUCCUACUAUCUCUUGGUCGGCCUCUAAUUGACAAGCACGAACGGCCUAGAUGUUCUGAUCCCAAAGGGCAGCAUUCCAUUCGGCGCCACAUCCAACUGCUUAGUAGUCACAAAGAAUCGUUGAUUAAAGGACCUAUAAAGAACCUACCGAAUUUCUUAUAUAAAUUUUCAAAUUUAUCAUCAUGUCGUCGUUGUCUCGCAGAGCCUGUUACAAGUGCGGAUCUAUCGGUCACUUUGCCGAAGUUUGUUCAUCGGCAGAGCGCCUUUGUUACAACUGGACUUGGACACGUCCAGGCUGAUUGUCCUACGUUGAGACUCUCAGGAGCUGGCGGUGGAAGGUGCUACUCAUGCGGCAACCCAGGCCAUCUGGCCAGAGCUUGCCCUACUCAGGGAGCUGGUGCCGGAAGGGGAGCCGGUGGCUUCCCCCGGGGCGGAUAUGCUGGAGGCUUUCCUCCUCGGGGUGGAUUCCCUGGGAACCCCCGUCCUGCCACUUGCUACAAGUGUGGUGGCCCAAAUCACUAUGCUAGGGACUGCCAAGCCCAGGCAAUGAAGUGCUAUGCUUGUGGGAAGUUGGGACACAUCAGCCGGGAUUGCCAAGCACCUAACGGUGGUCCAUUGAGCACUGCUGGAAAGUCAUGCUACAGAUGCGGCGAAGCCGGUCACAUCUCUCGCGACUGUCCUCAGCAGGCGAUUGAGCAGCCAGACCAGGCUCCCACUGUCAACUCUACAGUCGUCGCUUAA